AUGGCCUCUCCAGGCAAGAAUAGGCCCCUUCAACAAACCACCGAAAACAGCCCUACCCCCGAACAGCAGAUCCAACGGGACAAGAAGAUUAAAGCACUACAGGCCUCCAUCACGGACCUCCACUCGCAAACCACGCAACUUGAGGCUCAAAUCGCAGAGGUCAAAGCGAAGUUGAAGGAUGAUCCUUCGGCUACGGUGAAACGCCAUAUUCGUCUGCUUCAUGAGUACAAUGAGAUCAAGGACAUCGGACAGGGUCUGAUGGGUCUCAUAGCUGACGCGCGUGGGAUGCGACAGAUUGAUGUGCAGAAGGAGUUUGGGGUGGGAGACCGAGAUUGA